AAAAUGGGGGAGAGCCACCACCAAGCAACAGCAUCGUCAAGAUUGGGGAUAAGGAACACCGGGGGGGAGAUCGUCGAGGUUCAAGGAGGCCACAUUGUUCGCUCCACCGGCCGAAAAGACCGACACAGCAAGGUCUGUACCGCGAAAGGCCCCAGAGACCGACGAGUCAGGCUCUCUGCUCACACUGCUAUCCAAUUUUACGACGUCCAGGAUCGCCUUGGCUACGACCGACCCAGCAAAGCCGUCGAUUGGCUCAUCAAGAAAGCCAGAGCCGCCAUAGACGAGCUCGCGGAGCUACCCGCAUGGAACCCAACGUCUUCAAACGCCGCAGCCACAGCAACUCUGAAUUCAGCGGCAACCCAGCAGCAUGUCAACGAAGAGAACGAGAACGCAAUUGGGAUCCACCGCGCCGGCACCGGCGAUGCGGUGGAAACUAUCGCUUCUGUUAGUCGGAGAGCGACGGCGGCGACGAUGGUUGGAGGUGGAGGAGAUGGGAGAGUCUCCAUCGAAUGUAGUAGUAGCAGACUCAAUCUGCAACAGCAGCAAAUGGUCGAACACCCAAACACUAACUCUACUUUCCUGCCACCGUCUUUGGAUUCGGACGCCAUUGCCGACACAAUAAAGUCGUUCUUCCCAAUGGGUGCAUCAGCCGAGACUCCGCCGUCGUCGAUUCAGUUCCACCAGAGCUAUCCGCCAGAUUUGCUGUCCAGAACGAGUAGCCAAAGCCAAGAUCUGCGCCUUUCCCUCCACUCUUUUCAAGACUCAAUGCUUCUCCACCACCAUCAAGCUCAGACUCAGGCUCAACAACAGCAACACCACCAUGCGCAUACUGCACACCAGACUGAGCAAGCUCUUUUCUCUGGAACCGGAAUCCAACUGGGUUUCGAUGGGUCUUCCGGCGGUUGGCCGGAGCACCACCACCAUGCGGGUGAGAUGAGCAGGUUUCAGAGAAUGGUAGCGUGGAGUGCUGGUGCAGAUACUGGUAGUGCCGGAGAUAGUGGAGGAGGAGGGGGUGGUGGUGGAGGUGGAGGAGAAGGCGGUGGAUUCACAUUCAACUCGCUGCUGACUCCGUCACCACCGACUCAGCCAUCGCCGUCGCCGCCAUUGCAGUCGUUCUUCGGCCGAGGCCAGUUCUUUUCACAACAGAGGGGACCCCUUCAGUCCAGUAACACGCCUUCAGUUCGCGCUUGGAUCGACCCGUCUAUUGCCGAUCAUCACCAUCACCUUCAGAUUUCGCAUACAACACAUCAGUCUUCUCAUAUAUCAGGCAUGGGAUUCGCCUCCGGCGGAUUCUCCGGGUUUCGUAUUCCGGCACGAAUUCAGGGUGAAGAGGAACACGACGGUAUCUCUGAUAAGCCGUCCUCUGCUUCCUCUGAUUCUCGCCAUUGAUUGAGCUUUACUCAACCC